AAUACAGGGCAUGUUUGCUUUAAGUUUUAAUACAUCUGUACUCCAUAUGCGUCGCUAGUCUCUGAAUUAAUUCAAUUUGGAUAAAUCAAUAAACAGUAGCUUUUCCAUAUCCACCAAAAUGGGAUUAAAAGAAGCAGAACGAGUUUUUUGUCCUCAUCCAGAAAACACAACCUGCUCUCUACAGAAUCCGUCACUUGCAGUCAGCAUCAUUCUCUACAUCAUCUUUAUAACUGCAAUACUUUUAGCAACAUUUGGAAACCUGGUGGUGAUCAUUUCCAUUGCUCAUUUCAAGCAGCUGCACACACCAACAAAUGUGCUGACACUCUCGAUGGCUGUUGCAGACUUUAUUAUUGGAGUAUUCGUGAUGCCUGUUAGACUGAUUCAAAUAAUGGAUAAAUGCUGGGACUUGGACGUUCAUACAUGUAUGGCAGGUUUAUUUUGUUACGCAACUAUUAUUACAAUUUCUGUUACACAUCUUAUUUUUCUUUCUAUAGACAGAUAUUAUGCUGUUUGUUACCCACUACAUUAUUCCACAAAAAUAACAGUUAGAAAAGCCUGGGUAUUUGCUGCAAUCAGUUGGAUUUGUGCAAUUUCUUACACUGCUUUGAUUUUUUAUAUACAGUUUACUUAUCUGUUUAGUUACGAAAAAAUUUGUGGAGGAUUCUGUUUGUAUGUAACUAUUUAUUUUAUCAUACUUUAUAUCGUAGAUAUGCUGUUUAAUGGUAUGCUUCCAUUUUCUGUCAUGCUGGUCCUUUAUUCUAAGAUCUUGUUUGUUGCAAUUCGGCAUGUAAAAGCAUUACGAAAUAUAAGAGAUGAAGCUCACACUGGGCAAAAGAAGAAGCACAAAGGAUUUACAGAAAGAGAAAAUAAAGCUACAAUCACAGUAGGAAUUGUAAUUGGCACAUUUUUUGUAUUGAUCAGUCAGUUUUACAUUUUGCAGUUUUUAUUAAUAGUCAUCAACGUGUCUGAGUUUGCUUUGUAUAUAGCUGAAUUUUUUGUUUUGUUCAACUUUGCUUUGAACCCGCUCAUUUAUGGGCUGUUUUACCCUUGGUUUAGAAAAGGAUUUAAACUUAUUAUAACAUGUAAAAUAUUCAAGCCAGAUUCUUCCUUAUUAAAUUUACUUUCAUAAAACAAUUAAAGCCCCUAUAUUUUGCCCUCAUCUUUGUUCGAUGUUUACAGUAUAUCCUAACUGGAACUAUAAGGGCUGCUCAAAAAGAUAGGAUGGACAGAGCAAUACAACUUCAUGCCUUGUAAUUUAA